AUGAGUUUUCUUGAUGAGUAUCUCUGUCAAAAUGAAAGUGAAAGUGAAUGGGUGCAUCAGUGGAAUCAAAACUUACCUAUUUUUCCUGAUUGUGGAAUUGAAACUCUCUUCCCCUUAACACUUGUUGUAUUCACACUGUUGGCAUUAGUGCCCCAUACUUUAAUCGUAAUACUUUCAAAAUCAAGUUACAGUCGUUUAAUUUCAUGCUUAUAUCUGGGUAAAUUGAUUUUAGCUUGCAUUUCUCUGCUUCUAAAUAUUGUUGGAAUCCUUUAUAUCGUAUUUGGAACACAUGAAUUCACCUUAUAUUCAUUCAUUAAACCCACUUCAAUAUCAGUUUCUCUCAUUUUAUUUAUCAUUCUAAUACAUUAUGAACGUAAACGUAAUAUACCAAAUUCUGGUGUAUGCUUUUAUUAUUUAUUAUGGUUAAAUUUUAUUUGGAUAUGCUGUUGUUGGAAUCAUACUGUUCAAUAUUUAAAGUAUUCACAAAAUUCUACUGAAUUACCUGUAACAAACAAUACCAUCUCUGUUAUUCCUAAUCGUAAUAACUCCAAUACAUUUCUAUCUAAUUUCAUUAAUCAAAGUAAAGAAAAUUUUCCAGACAUUUUGGAUUAUUUUAAUCUAUUUGUCUGUUUAAUUAUUUUCAUAUUGAAUUGUAAUUCUGAAAGUGAUCAAUGUUCAAAAACUAAUCAUAAACUUAUCAAUAUCAACUCCAAUGUAAUUGAUAAUCAUCAUGAUAAUGAUGAUGAUAAUAAAAAGAUGAAUCAAAAACAUGAUAAAGAUUUUUUAGAACAGUUAACAACUAAUCAAACAAAAUUAAAUGAUCACGAUGACAAUGUAGAAGUACAAAAUUUACAAAAGAAAUCUCCGGAAAAUAAUUGUUCCUAUUUAUCACGUAUAACUUAUGCAUGGUUUACAAGGAUAAUCAUAAAAGGAUUUCGUAAACCUGUGGAAUUUAAAGAUCUAUAUCGAUUAGAUUCACAAUAUAAUUCAGUGAAUGUAUCAAAAAUAUUUUUAAAUAAUUUAGACAAAUAUUUAAUACCAAAUAAAUCGACUAAUAAUUAUCUUGAAAAACGUCGUGCAUCUAUGGGUAAUAAUAUUUUAUAUCAUGGAAGCACUAAUGAUCAUAAUUCAACAGAUAAUGAACUACGACGUACAUCAGCACAAAGUAGUUUAGGUUUUCGUAUACCACAAGUGAAUAAACAUUCGCAUAAAUCUGGUUUAACUAAAACUUAUUUGGAUGAUAUCAAUAUUAGACGAGCUAGUGAAGGUGUUACUUUAUUGUUUAGUAGUAGCAAUGCAACAACUACUACUCCUGUUGAUAAUAAUAAUAAUCAUAAUAAUAAUAAUGAUAAAAAGACUAUCAAUUUAACUGACAGUUAUUCUGAAAGCAAUUUAAAUGCAAUCAAACUGAAAACUCAUUCACAUGAUGAAACACCGAUGGAUUCAACAAAUCAUGAUUCCUCAGCAAAUGAUGCUACAAUGAACGAUCAUUCAAAAGAUCAAUCAACGCGUCGAUCUGUACGUAUACGUAUUGGUUCUAAACCAGAAUAUAUGCCAGAAUUAUCAGAGAUACCUACGGGUUCUCCGAGUUAUACACCGAAAAAUGAAAAUGCAAAAUUUUUUCUAAAAGAAGUCAAUGAUAAAUCCAUUGAAAAUGAACAAACCGAUAAUGAAAAUAAUAAUUCAGUAACCAAAAAUCUAACCGAUGUCAAUUACAAAAAUUCCAUCGAUACAACUCGUAAUGAUGACGUGAUUGUCAAGAAAACUUCAUUUCGACAAUAUUUCUCCUCGACUUGUUGUAUACGUAAAACAAAAUUUUAUCUAUUAUAUGCAUUAAUUCGAACUUACGGGAAAUCAUUGUUAUGGUCAGCAUUUUUAAAGCUUAUUUAUGAUAUACUGUUAUUUUUUAAUCCGAUGUUAUUAAAAUUAUUAUUAAAUUUUUUACAAAAUAUUCAAUCAGAACCAAUAUGGCAUGGUUAUUUAUAUGCAAUCGGUAUAUUUAUUGAUACAUCUAUACAAUCAUUAAUUUUACAAAAUUAUUUUCAUAUUGUAUUUAAUCUCGGUAUGAAAAUUAAAACAUCAAUUACUGCAGCUGUCUAUAGAAAAAGUUUACAAUUAAGUAAUAAAGCACGUUAUCAAUCAACUACUGGACAAAUUAUGAAUUUAAUGUCAUCCGAUGCUCAACAAUUUGUACAAUUAAUGCCAUUUAUUAAUAUUCUUUGGUCUGGACCAUUUCAAAUAAUCAUUGCUAUGAUAUUUUUAUGGAGAGAAUUAGGACCAUCUGUAUUAGCUGGUGUUAGUGUUCUAUUAUUACUUUUACCAGUUAAUGUUUUAUUAGCACGUCGAUCGAAAUUUUUCCAAGAGAAAAAAUCUUUUUUUGCUGAUAGUCGAAUCAAAUUUAUCAAUGAAUUAAUGAAUGGUAUACGAGUAUUGAAAUUAUACGCCUGGGAACCAUCAUUUAUGAAAGAGAUUGGUCUUAUUCGUAAUCAAGAAGUUAAAUUUUUACGAAAAUUCACUUAUUUUCAAUCAGUAUCAUUUUUAUGGCAUUGUACACCAUUUUUUGUGGCUAUUUCCAGUUUUGGCGUUUAUAUAUUAACAUCCGAUAAGAAUGUUUUAGAUGCACAAAAAGCAUUUGUUUCAUUAUCUUUAUUUAAUAUACUUCGAUUUCCAUUAUUUAUGUUUCCAAUGAUUAUAAGUCAAUUAACAACUAUCAUGGGUAGUGUAGGUUCUGGUAAAUCCAGUUUAUUACAUGCAAUACUUGGUGAUAUGGAAACAUUCAAUGGUCGAAUUAAUGUAAAAGGUUCAGUGGCUUAUGUACCACAACAACCAUGGAUAUUUAAUGCAACUCUACGUGAUAAUAUUUUAUUUCAUCAUGUCUAUGAACCAGUCAAAUAUCAACAAAUAUUACAUGCAUGUAAUCUGAUACCAGAUUUGAAAAUAUUACCGAAUGGUGAUCUGACAGAAAUUGGUGAUAAAGGUAUUAAUUUAUCCGGUGGACAAAAACAACGUGUUAGCAUAGCUAGAGCAUGUUAUGCUAAUGCUGAUAUUUAUCUCUUAGAUGAUCCAUUAUCUGCUGUCGAUGCACAUGUUAGUUUACAUUUAAUUAAACAUGUAUUAAGUCGUUCCACUGGUUUACUUUCAACUAAAACAUGUAUUCUAACAACACAUAAUCCGAAAGUAUUACCUUAUUCUGAUCGUGUUGGUUUAUUAUCUGGUGGAAAAUUAAUUGAAUUGGGUAAUUAUCAACAGUUGAUGCAUUCAAACACUAGUCGUUUAUCAACAUUUUUAUUAUUAAAAACUAAACCAACUGAAUCGGAAGUACAAAACAAUGAGAAUUCAACAAAAGAUUUGGUGGAUAAUGUACCAGCGGAAAAUUUAACAAAUGAUUUUCUUGAACCAAAUUGUAUGCUACCAUUAGAAUCAUCACCGCCAACAUUCGAGCAUCGUCAUCGAGGUUAUUCGGAAACAUUGAGUAUAGAUGAGCAUAAUCAUAAUAACAGCAAUAUUCGAUUGUCAAGUCCAACAAAACUAUCUCAAAAAUCUAUUAAAUCAUCGCAUGAGACUCUGAAUGAAGAACAAGAACAAAAGACACUUCAACCAAUGAGUCAACCAGAAAAAGUUCUUACUGGUCGGGUUAAAUUUCGUGUAUUUUUAAUUUAUUUUAAAAAUAUUGGACUACUUUAUGGAAUAUUAGUAUUAUUAUUUUAUCCAAUCAAUCAUAUUUUAUCAUUGGGAACAAAUUUAUGGUUAGCGGAUUGGUCGAAUGAUGCAAAACUUAAUCAGUCAAUCAUUUUAAUGAAUGAAAAUUCAUCAAUCAAUAUUUCCAAAGCACAAAUUGAUAUGGAAUUCCAGCAAUUUUACACACAACGUAAUUACAGGCUCUCAAUCUAUGGAUUAAUUGGAGUAUUACAAGUAUUCUUCGCCAUGUUAGCUAUCUAUACAUUGGCUAUCGGUCAUUUAGGUUGUGUUAUACGAUUGCAUAGUCGUUUAUUAAGUUAUAUAUUACAUGCUCCAGCCACAUUUUUCGAUUUAGUUCCACAUGGUCGAAUCGUCAAUCGUUUUUCACAAGAUAUUGCAACAUUAGAUAAUCCAGUAUUGGUAUCAUUGAACAGUACACUAAAUUGUAUUUUAACAUGUUUUUUAACUCUAUGCCUUGCUUGUACCCUGAAUGCAUUUAUGAUUAUCCCGAUAUGUAUAUUAACAGUUAUCUAUUUCUUGAUUCAAAAUUUGUAUAUUACAACUUCAAGACAAUUGAAACGUUUAGAAUCAAUUAGUUUAUCACCGAUAUUUUCACAUUUCUCUGAAACAUUAUCUGGUGUUGAUAGUAUACGAGCAUAUAAAUUAAUUGAUACGUAUAAAAAGAUUAUUUCAACUAGACAAGAUUUAAAUAAUUCUGCUGUUUAUGCUUCAAUUAUAUCACAACGAUGGCUUGCAGUCCUAUUGGAAUUGGUCGGAAAUUCAGUGAUUUUAGCUGUAGCUAUAUUGUCAGUUGUUGCACAAGGUUAUUUAUCAGCUGGUUUCUCUGGUCUUGUCAUUACUUAUGCAUUAAGUCUAAAUCAAACCUUGAAUUGGCUUGUACGCAUGUUUUCAGAAUUAGAAACCAAUAUUGUUUCCAUCGAACGAAUACAUGAGUAUUCAUCAAUUGAACAAGAGAAAAUGUAUGAUUUACAUGAGAAUAAAGAAAUUCUCUCGGUACAUUCAGGAACAAAUGUCCCGCUAGAUUUAUGUCUAUAUAAUAAAUUCAAUAAAGUGAGAUUAAAAAUAAAACGUAAAAAAUUCAAAAGAAAUCAAAAAUCCAAAUCAUAUUUUUAUUCAUAUAAAUCUAGAAAUAAUAAUGAACAAUACCAACAACAACAACAACAACAAAAACAUCAAGGAAAACAACAAUUUAAUCAUUCAAUGAUCAAUUCUGACAUAUUCAUUUGUUCAAUAUGUCAAAUGGAAACAGUGAAUUUCAAUAUGUUUGUUCAACAUAUGGCUUUACAUUUUAAUCAGUUACCAGAAAAUUCAACAAAUCAAUCAACAAUUGAUCAGUUUAAUUCACAUAAAUUCAUACAAGAGUAUAUUAAAACAAAAAACAAAGCUGAUAUGACCAUGGUAAAUGAUACAUUGAACAAUGAACAAACAUUGUUGGAAAAUAUAAAAUAUUUGGAUUUAUUAAUGUUGAAAAAUUUCAAUAAAAAUGGAAAAUUUUAUGAACAAGAUGACAAUAAUAAUAAUAAUAAUAAUAAAGAAUUAAAUGACUUAAUACUUACAUGUAGCAUAUGUGAUUAUCAAUUGAAUUUUGAUCAAUUCACAGAUUUAAUGACCCAUUUACAAAAUAAACACCUUGUGACUGAUUAUCGUUGUAAUGGAUGUGAAGAAAUAUUUUCUGAUCGAAUUCAAUGUCUUGUACAUAUUUUAUAUUAUCAUAUUACAACAGAAAAGCCAACAAUUCAAGAGAAUGAUACUACUGUUCACUUAAGUGAUGAUACUAAUAGCAGUGUUAGUACUUGUAACAAUUAUGUGAAUACGGAUACAAAAAAAUCAAUUUCAAAUCAUGAAAAUGAAAAUAUCUCUUGUAUAUACCAACAUUUAAAUAGUUCAUGGUUCACUGACAUCAAAUCACAUAAUCAUCUAAGUACAAACAAUACACUAAUUAUGAAACAGCAAACUAAUUCAUUUUCAAAUGAAUUAUCAAAUCAAUCCAACCUUAUUUUAAAAAGUUUUACUCAUCUAAUGAAUGCGAAUAAACAAACAACCAUUGAUUUAAACAAAUUAAUCAGUGAUCAAUCAAUCACUCAUGAAAGUAAUCAGACGGAUAAAUUCACUAUGAAUGAUACAUGCCAAACAAAACCAUUUAUUGAUUUUCUUACAAUGUUAUUUUGGCCAAGUUUAUGGUCUGUGCAUUGGAUGCAACCAAAUGUGGAAGGAAUAUCAGACCGACCUAUGAGGUUGAUCACUGAAGAUUCCAAUGAACAUAUGUUAAGCAAAAGUGAAGAAUGUAUAAAGCCAUCGGUUUCAUCUUCAGUGUUAACCUCCUCAGCAUCACCAUUUAUUCCCUUUGAUUCAUCAGUACAUUUUCAAAGAAAUGGUGAAACACAAGAAUUCACACACAAAUUAGUCGAUACGAUAUCAUCGGAUCAAAUUGAAAACAAGAAAAUUAAUGAAUUUAACUUAUCAAGCCAACAAAAUCAGUCGAAUGAAGAACAAACAGAUUUUAUAUUUUUGUUACGUUCACAUCCAGUUCUUGGACUUUUACCUCAUGAAAUCGCAUCAAAAGUGGAUAGUUAUAAAGCUUCGAAAAUAUGUCAUCUUUGUUUGAAAGAAUUCACCGACGAAAUGACUGUACUUCAUCAUCAAGUUGAAGAACAUAGUCUUGAAGAUAAUUCAAAUGUUGUAAUCAAUUCCAUAAAUGAACAAAAUUCAUUAAUCAGUUGAACAGAAAAUCUAUAAAAGUUUUC